AUGGGCACGAAAAAUAACAUAAAUAAACCACCUCCACGUAAUUUGCAAAAGGAGGGAAGGAUUAAAAAACGAACUUUAUCCUCGAUAUUUCGCAAAAAUGGUAUUUUAAAACCUAAUCAAUUAGUAAUACAUGGUAAAGAUCUAUCUAAAAAGAAGCAAAAGAAGAUAGAAAGGAGGGAAUUACGUAGACGUGUUGAACAAGGCGAAAUGGUGCCGGAAAAGCUAAUCAAUGCAGGUGAAUGUCUCAUAAUAGUAUUUUUCCGUGCUAUUUUAUUUCGACUUUCGAAUAAUAACAAAAUUUUUAUAAAAGAUAUGCCAUCCAACGCUGAUAGUCAACAAACCAUAGAAAUGGAUAUAGUUUCGUUAGGGUCUGGUACUAUAUUAGGUGCACCUUCUUUCAAACCUGAUCAAAUCAAUAUGGAUAACGAUUAA